AUGUAUACAAUCCACGAAGGAUGUAAUAGUAUAUCAGGAAAUUCCAGGAUUUAUGACGUACCAAACAGACAUAGUUGGGAUAAUAAUAAUGGUAGUACAGAUAAUUUGAGAUGUGAUGAUUCUAGUCCUAGAUUCAAGCAUAACUUUAGUUCUGGUUACUCUGAACAGAAAUUCAAAUAUCAUGGUGGAGAAGAGGCAGAUUUUACAAGGAACCAAGGCGAUAGAUUAGCAAGAAAUGGCAGUUUAGUGAGGUCUACCAUUUCAGGAUAUGACAAAAAUGUUGGAGCAAUGGAAGGGAGUUAUGAACAUUUGAAGAACUUAGAAAUUUCAGAAAACCCCAGGGGAGUUCAAAAGUUUGAAACUAAUAAGCAUCCAAUAAGUGAAGAGAUUGUGGAGAAAAGGGGUCAUGAGUACGAGACUUUAGCUCUAGAUAAGAACACAAAAUUGAGUAGUAAAAGCGGUACUCAGAGCUCAUUGAACCAGGCUACUUAUAAGAAGAAGGUGAAUUUGGGAGGAUUUACAGAAGUGGAUUGGUAUAAAAAGAUUCCAAAUUGGGAGAGAAUCAUAGAUGAAAGAUAUACAAGUGUUUACAGUUCAUAUGAUAGGCUUGAGAUGAUAGGAACAGGCACUUAUGCUAAGGUUUGGCUUUUAAAGGACAAGAUAACAGGGAAAAAAUAUGCAGGAAAACUUUUGGAACCUCAUACUUAUCCAUCAGACACAGUUGAAAGGAUUGAAAGAAUGUUUCAGUCAGAAAUAAAGAAUCUCAUAAUAAGUCAAUGCCCUGGUGUGGUAAGGUUACACAAGAUAGUAGUAGGCCCAGAAGGUAGUUUGUUAGUUCAGGAUUAUGUAGACGAUGGUACAAUCUGGAGAGAAAACUGUUGUGUGAGCGAAUUGGAAGCUUUCCAACACUUUAUUCAACUAAUUCAAAGCGUACUAUACUUCCAGGAUAAAGGAGUAGUUCACAGAGAUCUAAAACCAACAAAUAUUUUGAGGUAUUCAAACAAAACAAUAGUGAUCGGCGAUUUUGGGUGGAGUGAGCAGACUAAGAAGCUGCAUUUAAGCCCCUCAGAAUGGCCAGGAACACUUGAAAUUAAUCCUCCUGAAGUUUUGACAUUUAAAGGUCCUUUGACUGAAAAGAUAGACAAUUAUGCAGUUGGAAUGAACUUAUUGUUGUUUCUCACUGGUAGGUUUAUUUGUAGACAAAAGGGGCUGGAUGUUACAGAAGCAGCUCCUUAUAUUUUAAAAGUAGUAGAGUUAAUUAGGAGUGACUUCAAUAACAAAAUCCUAAGUAAGGGUAAGCAAAAAGGCAAUGCUCAACUGAAACAAAGCCAAUAUUUCAUGUGGGAGAUUUUUAUUGGGUUUACUGAUCCUAAUCCAAACACCAGGUGGAGUAUUCAAAAAGCUCUUUUCCACCCAGAUUGCAUUCAACAGCUCUUACUUUGCUUCCAUAAUAACUUCCCAAUUUUGUGGCAUCCUCAGGUUAUUGCAAUUAUCAAGUCAAAUAUAAUACCUAAUAUUGUUACUUCUUGCCAGUCUUAUAUAGAAGAUGAGAAGCAGUAUUGUGAGGGGAAUAAACAACGUGUGAGUGUAGGCAAGAAUACAAUGAUCAAUUUAAGCAAUGCUGAUCAGAUUCAUAUUCAUAAUAUUUCACAUAAUACAAAUUUCAAUAAUUAUAAUUGUGGUCAGAAUCCGGUUUCUGGCAGUAUAGAGUCCCAGAGAAGCCAUUUUAAGUCAACUGGCACGUCUUUAAGGCCUACAGAAGGAUUUUCAGGACAAACACUCUUUAAUAAUGAUGGCCAUCAACAUAAGUUAACAUUGAAUAACCAGUUUUUACCUGGAUCUUCGGAUUAUAACACAAUUUAUAAUAGCGAAUUUGCAACGUCGUCACGAAAAAAGACUUCAGUGAAUUCCUCCUCAACUAAUUUGAAUUAUACAAAUAACAACCAUAAGUUUGUUGGUGUUGAAGGUUCUGUUAUAAAACAACCUCACUUUAUUAACAAUUUCCACUAUUAA